AUGGUGAAGAUGACAAGAUCCAAGACUUUUCAGGCAUAUCUGCCCUCCUGCUUCGCUUUGGUCUCACACUGCCACCGGACCUACAGCUGCAUUCACUGCAGGGCUCACCUGGCCAAUCAUGAUGAACUAAUUUCCAAGUCGUUCCAAGGAAGUCAAGGACGAGCAUAUCUCUUUAAUUCAGUAGUUAAUGUGGGCUGUGGGCCUGCAGAAGAGCGAGUAUUGUUAACAGGACUACAUGCAGUUGCAGACUUUUACUGUGAAAACUGCAAAACCACUCUGGGAUGGAAAUAUGAACAUGCUGUUGAAAGCAGCCAGAAAUAUAAAGAAGGCAAAUACAUCAUUGAACUAGCACACAUGAUCAAGAACAAUGGCUGGGACUGAGCGGGCAGCAGCCACCCAACCCAGUCUCCACGUGAAUGCCAUCCAACUGAACAUUCUACCCAAGCGUGAGAGAGUGACUGAACACUUGGUUCCAUCCAUUUGGGGGCCUUGCCAUCUGGGGCAUCCUCCCACCCUGACACCAUCUUUCUGGUGACUGGCCUCUAAAUUGCUGUCUCUCUGUCUCUUUGCUUUGUAUCUGUUUGUGAGUUGAUCCUGGCUUCUCUCUCUGUUCUCAUGUUUGCUGAAAACAAAACAACUAAAGGAACAGAUCCUUGACCAGCCCGGCAGCAGCCCACCUCGCAAAGAGCCCCA